CAUGGUUUGUCCCUUUCCCAGAAGCCUUCACUUGUAACAAUAUGGCGGCUCCCUGUAGGCACGUAGGACAUCACAUUAAGAGAAACGGCAGAUUCCUGCGGAUUAAUCUCGACCAAUUGUUUGCUAGCAGGGGCUUCAGGUGGACUUCAGCUCUUCAGCAACAAGGUGCAGAAGUUCAUAAAGAAUCAAAGGAGCCAAUAGUCAUCCCCAGGAAGAAAUCAUGGAGCAGCGAGGCAGUGCUGGAGGCUCUGGCUUCUACUGUCCACAGAGAUCCAACAGCGUACCCCUAUCAGUUCCAGGACGACCCGUACCUGUCACCCAGGACGUCUGCUGAGUUUAAGCUGUUCUCCCUCUCACAGGAGUCUGGCAGAGCUGCAGCCAAAUACUUUGUCAACAACAACCCCAAAUUCUUCACCAAAGACUUUGCCGAACCACAUAUACCAUGCCUGAUGCCGGAGAGCGUGACGCUGCGUCUGGAGGAGGUUAGCGAGGAGGCGCUGAAGGAGCGGAUCACCCUGAGGAAAGUCUCAGCUGCAGUUGAGAUGUACGAUCAGCUGCUUCAGGCUGGCACGUCGGUCUCUAUGGAAACAACCCAGGAGCUGCUGGACCUCAUCUGUCUUUACUGUGACAAGAACCCUGUCCAGGAGGGGGCGCCAGAGGUGGAGGAUGCAGAGGAGGCUGGAGAGGAGACGAAGAGGCGGAAACCCAAGGGGCGCCGAGCAGCAGACCACCUGAGAACCAGCUGGAAGGAAAACAACAAUGCAGAGAGGAUCUUCAACCUGCUGCCGGAGAAAGACUCGCGGUGUUACUCUGCUCUGAUCAGAGGGAUGGUGAAGCAUGGAGCAUAUUCAAAGGCUUUCAGCAUGUACACAGAUCUGCUCAACAACAGGCUCUCAGCUGACGUCUACACCUUCAACGCGCUGAUCUCUGCAGUUCCAUACGUCAGAGACAAAUUUAAUGAGAGAUGGGACCUCCUCACUGAACUGUUGAACCAGAUGAAUGAACAGAAAGUUCGUCCCAACCUGCUCACCUUCAACAGCGUUCUCAAAGCUCUGAGACGAUGCGGCUUUUUGGCCAAAACCUACGCUCCUCAGACUCUAAAUGAGAUGAAGGCUCUGGGAUUUGCUCCAAGCUUGGCCACCUACGACCACAUCCUGGCAGUCUUCUAUAAGUCAGGCUCCUCUGGGCCCAACAACACAGACAUCAUACAGGACAUGUUGACAGAGCUAGAAGGAACAAGCUUUACCUGCCAGGACCCUCAUGAUGUUUUCUUCUUCUCCAGUGCAAUGAGAGUAUGUUUGGACAGUAAAGAUCUGGAGCUGGGUUACAAAGUUCACAGUCUGUUGGAGGUUGGAGACAACUGGAGGCUGCUGGGAGACUCUUAUCAACAAAGUGUUUAUUACGGUCGCUUCUUCAGCCUGCUGUGCAUGUUGGAGCAUAUUGAUGUGGUGCUGAAGAGGUACAGCCGGAUCAUCCCCUCGUUGUAUUACCCCAACCCUCAGGGGAUGAGGGACCUGCUGCAGGCUCUGGACACAGAUGGCCGUCUGGAUCUGCUGCCCAGUAUAUGGAAAGACAUUAAGACUCUUGGUCAUGAUAACAAGGUGGACCUGGUGGAGGAGCUGCUGAGUCUCAUGGCCAGAGAGGAACACAGUCCUGAAGUGCAGGAGUCUUUUGCCGCGUGCGCUCUGGGCGUGAAGAGUGUGUUUGACAGCAAGUCCAGCAUGGAGUGGAGCACCUCCUCACUGUCACACGUCACCACCCUGCUUUUACGAGCCAACAAGCUCCAACAGGCGUGGGACAUGCUGCUGCUCUUCAAAGCCAAAAACAGAGUUCCUUCAGAGGUACUGUUAAACAACUUCCUGUCCGUGUGUCAAAGCAGCGGCGCUCCUAAGAGAGCGGUGGAGCUGGUCCAGCUGGCUGCAGCCUUCUGUCUGCCAGCAACACCAGUGCUGGCGAAGACAGCACUGGCUGAGUUCCAGCUGACCGAUGAGCAAAGUCCGUGCCCUUGUGAGAACGAGUGGAAUACGAACAAAAACAUUCGAUGCCUUACAGAGACUACAUGUGGACUACAAAGCACUAUCAGAUCCAUUUUGUCUGAAUUCGAAGCUGCACCAGAGAAAGAGACCGAAUGAAAGACGGUGUCAGAGCUGCGAUUGCUAUAUUCAUACAGCUUAUUGUAAGGAACACUUGUUUGUAUUUGACCUGCUUGUCUGUGUAAUAAAACCUUCACGUAUACAGCCUCA